AAAAAAAGGCCCACUUUUAUUCUGCGUGCUGCCUCCUGAGACUCAACUAGUACGAUCGCCUCCAAGUCUAUUCUCUUUCAAUGUACGGAGGCUCGUCGAAGCUCGGCCGCAACGGCGGUGGCGGUGCGGCCCGUGGAAUCGGAGCCAAGAGGCCCCACUCCUCACACCCUCUACCGCCACCUCACCGCCAGUCAGGCCCAGCUGGAGCCGGCCGCCUAUCCAUCGGCGGACGUGUCUCCGGCUCGGCGUCCAAUCCUCGCAGCCGUGGCUCCAUCCAAUCCGCUGCGCCGGCAGCCGUGGAAGAGAACUUCCGCCUUGUUUCGGGGAACAACCCGCCCGCCUUCGCUAUGAUCAUACGGCUCGCGCCGGACUUGGUCGAUGAGAUCAAGCGCCUGGAGGCUCAGGCUGGGACUGCGCGUAUUAAAUUCGACGUGACUGCGAGUAAUUCUUCUGGGAAUGUUAUUGAUGUGGGUGGGAAGGAGUUUAGCUUUACAUGCUCGCGAGAAACUGGCGACCUAUGUGACAUUUAUGAGGAAUGCCAAAGUGGUGAAGAUGGAAAUGGGUUGCUUGUUGAAUCUGGGUGUGCCUGGUGGAAGCUGAAUGUGAAGCGUGUAUUGGAUGAAUCAACAACGAAACAUGUUAAGAUGAUGUCAGAGGAAGCUGAACGCAAGCUCAAAGCACGCAAAGCCAUUGUCUUAGACCCUGGGAACCCACCUUCGAAGAGUCAGAUAAAGGAAAUAGCUGCUGUUGAGACUAAUGCAUGGAGGCCUUACAAACAAAAGAAAGAGCCUGCAUUUAAAAAGCGCAAGGUUGAACCACCUCAAGUUGGUGGCCUCCCUAAAUCUGCCUACAAAUCUGGAUUAUCCUCGACAACUACAGCAAAGAUCAGACAGACAUCUCCAUCUCUUCUAUCUCCACCAGAGCAAUCAAGUCUUCCAGCAGCUCCACUGGAGAAUGCAAAUAUAUCCAAGAGUCAUGCGACUAUCGAAGAUCCAAUGCCCUCUCAGCUCAUCAGUAAAGUGAAAGCUGCUCCUAGCUCUGAGAAAGAAAUCCCAACCAAGACUACUAAUGUAGUACGAGAAACACCAGGACGCAAAAGAAAUGAUGGAGCUAAACCAAUGGAUUUGCAAAGCAUGUUGAUUAAUUUACUCACAGAGAAUCCAAAGGGUAUGAGCUUAAAGGCCUUGGAGAAAGCUAUUGGAGAUACAGUUCCCAACUCUGUAAAGAAGAUUGAGCCAAUUAUUAGAAAGAUUGCAACUUUUCAAGCACCGGGAAGAUACUUCUUGAAAUCCAAGGUGGAACUGGAAACCCUCAAGAAACCUUUGUCCGAAAGCGGAAGUUCUCCAGAAGAUAACAGUCACCAGAUGCCUACUGCUGAGGACAAACAUGCUCAGACACGUGCUGCAGAACCAAGCUUUGAAGAGAAAGUCUCUCCUGAUGAAUUGGAAGAACCGGGAUACUUGGGCUCUAAACUUGGAGGAACAACUGCAUUGGCAAACAUGGAAGUCCAACAACAUUCACCUGAUCUGUUUGGUGAAAAGAUGGGCUCUGAUAAUAGUGAAGCACAAGCUGGCAGCUCUAGCAAUAGUGGGAGCGAUAGCGAUAGUGAAAGUGGCAGCAGUGAUAGCGCAAGUGACAGUGGAAGCCAUAGUAAAAGCAGAAGCCCGGUGGGUAGUGGGAGUGGGAGUAGCAGUGACAGUGAAAGUGAUGCGUCUUCCAACAGUAAGGAGGGUUCUGACGAGGAUGUAGAUAUAAUGACAAGUGAUGAUGAGAAAGAACCCCAACGUAAAUUGCAGCCCUCUGAACCUGGAUUCUCUUCCUCACCCAUUCUGUGGAAAAGUACUGGUGGCAAGACUGUACAGAGUGGAAUUGCUGAGAAGCAAGAUGAUCAAGGAUCUGAUGCAGUUGAGAUUGAAAAAGACUUCCUUGAUGUUGAACAUGGAACGGAAAUGGCUGUAGAAACUAGCCCGAUUCCUGACAAAGAGGGUGGAAAAUGGAUAGAAGAGACCAAACCAUUUUCCCCUAAUCAUGAUGAUGUCCCUGAGCACCCAAAUUAUGCAGUAAGUUCAUUUACGGAAAGGGAAAAUGCAGUCAAGGACAGCUUCAAACAUGAGCAGUCUGACAGCUCUGAAAGAACAUUGAAAGGGAAACCCAAAAGGGGUUCUGAUGUGAAGCACUUCAAAGAGAAAUCUGAUGGCGUAAAAAGGUUAAAAGCAGAUGUCCAACUUUCUAUUUCUGGGGUUCAGGAUGCUCAAUUCUCUGAGAGCUCUCACAAUUUAUCCCCUGAUAGAUUUGGAGGAAACCCUUAUAAGGGUCCUACCAUUCUAGCUACAAAUAGAGCUGUUAGGGAUGGGAAUCCUGAUAUUGUCUUACAAAAAGGAUUCAACCAGGUAUUUCCUGGAAAAUCUAGUUCAGAUUUCCAACAAUCUGGUCGAAGGUCCUUUGAUCAAAGCACGAGGGCAAAGGCUCCUGAUACAGCAGAGAAACCUGAUGAGCGUGCUGAGAGCGGCCGUAAAUACUCUGAAAGGAAUGUUCAAAGUUUCUCCGUGCAAAAAGAUAAACUUUAUAAAGAUACGCCAAAUGAUGGCUAUGCCAAUGAGAAAAAGGUUUCAAAAAAUUUCAAAGAAGGUGGUUCUGGUGGUAGACAAUCAGUGCCAUUUGACUCACAUUACCGGAAACAUGGUGAAGGUGGACAGUUUUUGGGCUCGCUCAUGGGAUCUUCGCCAAGGGAUAACAUUACAACAGGAGUGAAUGUAUCACCUGUGGUUAAUGGGAAAGGCAGCAUACUUCAGAGAGAGCUUUCAGACUUGGAGUUGGGUGAACUUCGCGAGCCCUGGCCUGAGGAAACACCAGUUAAAAAGAAACUUGAAAGCAAAAACUCUUUUAAACAGUCAGACAAUAAACCGUGCUCUUCAGAUAACUGGAAUUCAGAUUCAAGUAAAGGAAAACCUGUUGGAAAGAAAACUUCAGAAUCAGGAAAGCCAUCCCCGCACAAUCUAAAUUCUGGGCUUUUUAGCAAUAUAGAAGGCUCAAAUAAAAAAAGGAACACAGAAGAUCAGGCUGAAGAUCUAUGGAGUUCUCACCAACGAGUUGUGCAAUCUCAGCUGCAACCCCUUUCAAAGGUUGAUCAUGCUGAAGUUGUGCCACAGUUUAACAAAUUGGCAGAUGGGAGUAAUAAAUCUAGACAGAAUGAAGUAAAAGCCACCCAAGGGUUUGGUCUGGAAAGCUACAGUGAAAGCAAUAAGAAAACACCAGUAAGUGCUCCUCAACAGCAUGACGCUAAACGAGUGGUAGUUUCUCACUCCAUAAAGGAAACCAAAAAACAAACAUCUAAUACAAUGGUAGAGUUGACUGAUGGAAGAAAGGAUUCCAUUUGGGCUGAGGGAAAUAAUAGUGAUCGUAAGAGGAGGGAUUCUUCUUCCGAUGAGAAUAGUUGUUCUUAUUCCAAGUAUGAAAAGGAUGAGCCAGAGCUGAAGGGACCAAUAAAGGAUUUUUCUCAGUAUAAUGAAUAUGUGCAAGAUUUUCGUGAUAAGUAUGAUAGUUAUUCUUCCUUGAACAAGAUUCUGGAGAGUUACAGGAAUGCUUUCCAGAAACUGGAAAAAGACCUUAACUUUGCCAAAGGCAGGGAUAUGGAGAGAUACAAUGACAUAAAGUUGCAGUUGAUGGAUUCCUAUCGUCAAUGUGGAACGAAACAUAAAAGGCUGAAGAAAAUAUUUAACGUGCUUCAUGAAGAAUUAAAGGACCUCAAGCAAAGGAUUAAAGACUUUGCAGUCUCGUUUGAAAAAGAUUGAGAAGAAUCUUACGCACUCUUGUAUACAAGAAGGUAAAAUCUUUUCAUUUAGGAAAUGAAGGUUAUCCAGGGGAUGAUCGUGGAAGAACACCAGAAAGGAAGUUAUGCUUUGAUGUUCAAGGCAGAACAUUUUCUUGUGAUGACCUUGAUGAUUAAGGAACCAUAUCAGAAUGCCAAUUUUGCUACAAAGAGGAGCUCCAGUUAGAUUGGAUGUCCACAAGUUUUGUUCAUACCCCAUAAUCAAUGUAUCUGCACAUAGUGCCCUCUGUACAUUCCCCUUGUACUCAAGACUGGCCUUUUGUUUUUGUUUGGCCUGCUUUUUCUGGGGCUGGGAUUUUGGACUUGUUUACAUAACUUUAAUGUUUUUGUACAUUUUGCUAAUCGUUAUAAAGUUCUCCCAUUUUCCCGUGUGAGGGGGAAAAAAAGGAAGACAGGGAGAUACGAAAAAAACUCAUCUUUGAUGUUUCCUGUUCCUUUUCUUUUUUUCUUUUUUUCUUUUCUUUUUUUUAUGAAAAGGUUCCUGUUCCUUAAAACUGAGGGAAACCAAAAUGACCCAUUGAGGCUGUUUCUCAAUCAUUUCUUCUU